AUGGGAGCCAAGACUAGGAAAUGGAUGGCCCGACCACGUCGCAGCGUUCUAGGGCACGAAUCGAUGAGGGCUGAUUCUGGUGGCAACGUGGAAACCGCGAGCUUGGAACUGGACGGAUGGAGCCCGUUGGCUGCCAAACGUUCGUCGAUAAUCGCGUCGGGUCGCUGUCGCGCGUGUCUACGAGGUUUCAAGAUAACGGGACUGUGUCCAGAAUGGCUGGGUAAUUUCGUUGAGAUCAGACUGGUCGCUGCAGCCUAUGGAAGUGGAUGUAUGAUUAUUGGGGAGAGCAUUGUGCAUAUCGCGAUUUGUAUCGAUCUUUCUGUCUCCUUGUCGUUCGUGACGUCCGGCAUGAUCCAGACGACACGAGUCAUGGCUCAAAUAAUUCCGGACGUCUUCACAGCUGUGCUGCCUUGUCAGAAGGUGGGCUAUGAAUCGUGGAGCAAGGUCAUAUCGGUAGGCCAUAUACGUGAGACAGGAUAA